CCAGAACCGGAAACAUUUUAAGAAUAAUAUUGAUCAUUUUUUAACCAAACGUUAUAAUCUUUAAAUUCGUUCAUCUACAGGUAUUGGUAGUUCAUAUGAUAGGCAAAUAUAUGUUUGCAGAUAACCAAAAGUAGAUAUAUUGUUCUUUGCUCCUAAAGGCCAAUGGAAACGAGAACGCUUCAAGACAUGGUGACUGCAGCGGCUGCUGUAAAUAGUUCUAGAAUUGCUGUCACCUUCGACAGCUGCAUGGAUGCUCGAAUUCCUGUGUCCUUACUUUACAGCGACGUUGCUGAGUUUAGUAACGAUCUAACUCAUUUGCUACGCGAGAAGCAAGUUACAAAUAGAAUAGCAUUGUAUUGUCAAACAGACGUCUACCUACCUGUCUGGAUUCUGGGCAUCCUUCAGGUACCUGCUGCGUAUGUCCCACUGGACCCUGAGGUACCAGCCCUUCUCUCUGCCCACAUCAUAGAUCAGUGUGGGUUGAAAUACUGUGUUGUUCAGUGGGAUCUUUUGGAGCAAUUUCAGAUGGCCUUCUCCAACUUCAUAAAUGUAGAUGUGCGUGCAGUGUGGUCCACUUACAAUGUGACCCUCGUGAGACUGCAGAACACCGUGGCUGAAGUGCAACAUGGAGGAGGGCCCGAAGGUACUCAUGAAGAGAUGGCCAAUGCUGACCAAUCUGCUCAGGUGUCAGGUGUUAGCCAGGGAGAGCUGGCAUAUGUGCUCCACACAUCUGGAACAACAGGGCAUCCCAAGAUUGUCAGGGUACCACACAAGUGUAUCGUGCCCAAUAUACUGCAUCUAAGUUCUCUGUUUCAGAUGACGGCAGAUGAUGUGGUGUUCCUGGCCUCUCCCCUCACCUUUGACCCAUCAGUGGUGGAGAUGUUUCUAGCACUGUCAUCAGGGGCAAGGCUCCUCAUGGUCCCCACGGUGAUGAAAAAAAAACCGAACACGCUUGCCUGUGCGCUGUUCAAGAAUCACAGGACCACAUUCUUACAGGUGACACCAACCCUCCUAGGCCGUUUUGGCAGGACUAUCCUCCAGGAGGUGGUCUUCUCUAAAGACUCGUCCCUUCGUGUGUUAGCCCUGGGGGGUGAAGCGUGCCCCUCGCCUGGCUUGCUCAGGAGCUGGAGACAGGAAGGGAACGACACCCAAAUCUACAACAUCUACGGCAUCACAGAAGUGUCCUGCUGGGCCUGCUGCUACAAGCUCUCGGAGACAGACCUGGUGGCCAAUCAAGAUGAGUCCUCAGUGCCACUUGGAACCCCUUUAAUGGACACCACUGUGGAAGUUAGAGAUGAGCAUAGCUGCGUCGUUGCUGAGGGAGAAGGGCAGAUCUUCAUAGGAGGAACAGACAGAGUGUGCCUCCUGGAUGAUGAGGUAGAAGCUGUCCCGGGAACUAUGCGGGCUACAGGUGACUGGGUCCAGGUGAAAGACUCAUGCCUGUAUUUCCUGGGCCGGCAGGACCGACUCAUCAAACGGCAAGGGCAACGAGUGCACCUGGACACACUGCAGCAAGCUCUGAUGAGUGUGCCCCUAGUGGAAGCCUGUGCUGUGGGAUUGUCUGAAGAUUCUCGCCUGGUAGCCUUUGUGGUCGCCAGCUCCGCAUCUGGAGACCAAAAGGCAACUUCCGCAUUCACAUCUGUACAACAUCAGGCCAACCAAAGAUCCUCUGCCCUGGUGGAUUCUCAUGGGGACCUCAACCCCUCCGACUCACACUGGCAGGAGGAGCUCUCGACGUCCACCAGAGGUCUUCGGAGAGCCAUACGUCGUAGCCUGUCUCGGUUGCUGCCCAGUCCCAGUGUUCCAGACAAAGUAGUGGUUGUCCCUGCCCUACCACUAACCUCACAUGGAAAGGUGGACAUGGGCGAACUCAUGAAGAUUUACCAGAGACAGAAAGCCACCUCGGAUUUCCUUACUCCGAGGGACGUGGUGUCACUCAGGAAGAUGCUCCAGUCCAUGUGGCAGGACAGGUUGGGACUUUCCGAGGACGCAGUCGUCAGUGAUGAGUCAAACUUCCUGUUCAGCGGAGGAGACUCCCUACAAGCGCUGGGUCUUUGUGAUGACAUCACCACCGCCAUCGGAGGGACGUCGUUAGGUCUUUUGGAGAUUGUUUUGGAUGGGUCCUUCUCCGACAUCCUGCACCACGCCGCCAAGGCAAUGCCAACACCAUCAUCGGAACACAAACUGAAACCCCAUCCUACGUCUGAAGCUACGAAACGCCAGACGGAUCCGCUCUCCUCAGCGCCGACCAAGAGAGGAAGACUAGACGGUUCAUCCACAUCAGCUGCUCCAAGGAGGCCGCAGGGAGCUUCCUCUGUGGUGAAGGCCACACAAUUUACAGUAUUGAGGAGGGCAGGCGAGGUGAUUGAGACGCCGAAAGAGAACUCUGACACAGGAGGAAACCUCACAAGGAAAGGAGACACACUCACGGCGGGGGUGACUUCCAGCCAGGGGACAUUUAACAGUAACCCCCUGGCUGCAGAACAUAGAGAGACCUGUGGUGGUGGAAGUAGUAAGGCUGGCGUUUUGGGGCUGAGGGUGAGGUGGGCUUCAGACACGGGCCGGUGUGUGGAUGCCUCUCCUGUCCUGCUGGUGCACAGGCGGGGUGAGGACGCCUCAGGCCGACCCACCACCACUGUGUUUGUGGGGUCCCAUUCCCACAGGAUGCAGGCCCUUGACCUGGCCUCGGGGGAGCUGCUGUGGGAGAGGGUGCUUGGUGACAGGAUCGAGUCUUCUGCUGCUGUGUGCCCACGCGAAGGCCUCGUGGUGGUAGGGUGCUAUGACGGCUGUGUGUACUUCCUGUGUGUGGACACGGGGGAGACAAAGUGGACAUUUCAGACGGGAGACGCAGUGAAGUGCUCUCCCACGGUGGACCCUCUCACUGGCCUGGUGUUGGUGGGAUCCCAUGAUGGACACAUGUACAGCCUGGAUCCACAGGCUCGCCAGUGUGCGUGGAAACGCCACUGUGGAGGCGGGGCGGUGUUCUCCUCGCCGUGUCUCCACCCCUCCCUCCGACAUCUGUACGCGGCCACGCUGGGAGGGCACCUCCUCUGUCUUCACCUCGACAGUGGCGCCGUGCUGUGGACGCGCUCCCGGGACACUCCUUUCUUCUCCUCGCCGGGCUGCUCCUCGGCCCGCGUGGUCGUGGGCUCCGUGGACGGAAACAUCUACUGUUUCAGCCUCCAGGGGACUGAGCUCUGGCGUUUCACAACCAGCGGACCCGUGUUCUCGUCCCCCUGCGUGACCCGGGACGAGGCGAAGGUCGUGUGCGGCUCGCACGACGACCACGUGUACUGUCUGAGCUGCGCCGACGGCUCGCUAGCCUGGAGCUUCCGGGCCUCGGGCAGGGUGUACUCCAGCCCCUGUGUGUUUGACGGCGGAGCCACCGGAGCGCUGGUGGCGCUGGCCUCCGCGGAUGGGACCCUCUGGAUCCUGGACGUGGAGGAUGGAACUGUGGUGGGCUCCCUCUCGCUCCCCGGCGAGCUCUUCUCUUCCCCCGUGGCGUGGGAGCGAUCCCUGGUGGUGGGAUGUCGCAAUAACUUUGUGUACUGUGUCGAGAUGACGGACGGUGGUUAAAACGCGUUCCCUAUACGCGGAACGCGUCGGUGAAUAAACGGGGUAUGUCUGGAGUGUGGAAUUGGAUGACUCUAGGCCUGAAGUUCAGACAUCAGUAUUUAAUUUACACUAUUAAUGACAUUUGCAUCACUUUCAUUAGCCCCUCAUAGACGACUCCAAGUGAAACCAAAAGAAAAAAAGGGCAAUUAUUACCAAACACCUCUGUUACACAACACUGUGUACACUACACUAUUGCACACAACGAAAGUUAUUUAAAAAAGUGACUAUGCCUCAGGGGCAAAGUCCUGGAGACAGUGCAUCUACCAUGCAUACACACACGCACACACAUACAUACAUACAUAAUUACAUAGAUAAGUGAGAAUUGUAGAAAUGAAAGAGCUUACUGUAAGUUCUUUAGCGAUGUCCAUACUGUAUUGGGACGGCUGACCUAGCCUUAUAGAGGUUCUUAGAGAGCUGCUGAAUGGUUUAUUUCUAUGUAGAAAACGGAUAAGUAGGUAGUGGUGUUAGCCUGCUUUGGGAUGGGUCACACUAUGUACAGUAAAGAUGUCUUACAGCAAGCGAGUGGUU